AUGACGGUAUAUUUGACUGCUUCUGCAGAUGUGACAAAGGUUUACACAGUGGGUCCAGAUUAUGCUCACGCAGAAGCUCGGAAAUCUCCAGCACUUGAUGGCAAGGUAGAGAGAGAUAGUGAAGGAAAAGAAGUGAGAUACCCUGUUAUUCUCAAUGCACGAGAAAAAUUAAUUGCUUGGAAAGUCUGCCUUGCUUUUAAGCAAACAGUUUGUGGCUUUGAUUUGUUACGGGCCAAUGGACAAUCCUAUGUCUGUGAUGUCAAUGGAUUCAGUUUUGUGAAAAAUUCCAUGAAGUAUUAUGAUGAUUGUGCAAAAAUACUUGGAAAUACUGUAAUGCGAGAGCUUGCUCCACAAUUUCAUAUCCCCUGGUCGAUACCCUUAGAAGCGGAAGAUAUUCCAAUUGUACCAACUACAUCUGGAACUAUGAUGGAACUUAGAUGUGUCAUAGCUGUCAUACGUCAUGGGGAUCGAACACCAAAACAAAAAAUGAAAAUGGAAGUGAGACAUCAAAAAUUCUUUGAUCUUUUUGAGAAGUGUGAUGGAUAUAAAUCAGGGAAGUUAAAACUGAAGAAGCCAAAACAAUUGCAGGAAGUGCUAGAUAUUGCGCGACAACUUCUAACGGAGCUGGGACAAAAUAAUGAUUCUGAAAUUGAAGAAAACAAGCCAAAACUUGAACAACUUAAAACUGUACUAGAAAUGUAUGGCCAUUUUUCUGGAAUAAAUCGUAAGGUCCAAUUGACCUAUCUCCCUCACGGUUGUCCUAAAACAUCUAGUGAAGAAGAAGAUAGUCGAAGAGAAGAGCCAUCCUUACUUUUGGUUCUAAAAUGGGGAGGAGAAUUAACACCUGCAGGCAGGGUCCAGGCUGAAGAACUUGGAAGAGCUUUUAGGUGUAUGUAUCCUGGAGGUCAAGGAGAUUAUGCAGGAUUUCCUGGUUGUGGUUUACUUCGAUUGCACAGCACCUACCGACAUGACCUCAAGAUAUAUGCCUCUGAUGAAGGACGAGUCCAGAUGACUGCAGCUGCUUUUGCAAAGGGGCUAUUGGCUCUAGAAGGAGAGCUCACACCUAUUCUUGUCCAGAUGGUCAAAAGUGCAAACAUGAAUGGUCUUUUGGAUAGUGAUAGUGACUCUUUGAGCAGUUGUCAACAACGUGUGAAAGCAAGACUUCAUGAAAUACUUCAGAAAGACAGAGAUUUUACUGCUGAAGAUUAUGAAAAGGUGGGUCUUAGCAAACUCAUUGGAAAAUAUUGUAUGCAGAAAAGUACAUAAAACAACUGUAGCACUUGUACUAUAACAAAAAUACUUAUGUACUCAUUAGGUAGAGAAAUAGAAUAUUGGAACAACUCUGUCCUGUCUCUCCCUCCCUUUCCAGUUACAACCUGUUCCUAUAUCCUAGAAAUAACUACUAACCUGACUUUCGGUUGUUCUUUUUCAUAUCCCCAAUACUUAACAGAAUUAA